AUGUGCUGGGAAGCACUGCUUACAAUACGGCACUGGUCAUGGGACUUACGAUAUGGCACAAGAAGUGCUCCCGAUCGCGGUUUCAUCCCCAACGACAGUUUGUUGGACACCAACGAAAUCGGCGCACUGGCUAAGGAUGAUGAAACUACAUUCGACCUUCAAGUCGACCCCGAUCUCCCGCGUGACCCUACUCCGGAAGCGAUAGCACAAAUGGCAACCCGAAGCAUAUUUGGCUGGCUACGAUCAGAUGGACAUCCAAUGGAAGAAAAAGAUAUCUGGAGGCAUUCCUGGUUGAAUGUCAACUAUUCUUUGGACGAGGAUGACGAUAAUCUUUCUGAAGAGGUUCGUGACGAUGGAGCACCGAGUCCAACAACUAGAGAAUGGUUAUAUAAAUAG